CCAGGAUAGCCAGUAUGGCAGUCGUCCGUCUUUGAUGUAUGAAUUGGAUAGUGUGUGAAACUUUCGUCGUCGUAAGUGCACCGCAUGAUUUCACGAUGACUCAAUGAGACCGAGUUAAACGGUGUAUCGUUGAAGAAUGAAUUACGGACACGCGAAUUUUUCAUUCCCUAAUUUUUCAUAACGUUGCCCUAAUAAACGGGCACAAAGUCAGCGCAACAUCGAAGUUGACAGGUGGUAGUUGUCAAUCCCUGUUCUCUUGGAGGUUAUUGCACUAUGUUCGCGACGCUAAAAAAUAAAAUACGAGAGGAAAUCGGGAACGAUGUGUCAACAGUUGUUAGAAAUGCCGGUAACGUGCGCGGCAUUAAUUCGAGGCAUAUGUCUCAGGCGGGAUCUACAUGUGGUAUUAGUGGAUCUCAAAUUUCAUUAGACGGCUCACGAGAAGAAAAUGCAGCAUCACCUUCUCCACCAAUUUCUUUGAAAAGGGAUAGUACUUUUGACCUUAAAUUAAGUGACGGCAUGCAACUUUCUGCAAAAGACAUUAAGAAAUUUGAGAGUAGAGAAGAGGAAUGGCGGAAAAGGUUAGUCAAGAAAGAGACAGAGAUGUUGAAAUGGAUGGAAAAGGAGGAAAAAGAAUGGAAAGUGAAGCUGUUAGAGAAAGAAAAGGAAUGGAAGAAAAUAGUUGAGAAACAAGAAAAAGAAAAAAUUAAAUUAGAAGAAGAAUUACAAAAUGUAGAACGCACAAAACAUUCAUUGGAAUUAGCAGUUAAAGAUGCAGAAGAAUAUAAAAAGAAGUUGUAUAGUUUUCAAGAAGAUGCAGAACAACUAGAAGAUUUACAAAUCCAAGAAUUAGCAAAAGUUAAACAUUUACUAUUAGUCAAGGAGCAAGAAGUGGAUGAAAAAACACAACAUUUAAAAACAACUACUGCAGAAAUUGAUAGCUUGAAGUCUGAGGUUUCUCGUCUGAGGCGAUAUGAAGAUGAACUCAAUAAUGUACAGGAUGAAAUGGAGACGCUACGACAUUCUACGCAGCGAGAAAGAACUCAGCUUUCCUGUCAGCUGGCACAAACCGAGGAAGAAGUGCGUCAUUUGAAAGAUAAAGUGUUUGUGUUAGAACAAAGAGUUGCUUUAGGAACGAACGAUCAAGUGACAGUUGAUGAAAGAAUAGCUGAUCUUAUGAGAGAAAGAGCAUUGUUAGAAAGAAAAUUAGAGGAAGCACAUCUUCAUUUAUCUGAUAUAAAAACUAGUUGGUCAGGAAAAAUAUCUAGCUUGGAGACGCAAGUAGGAAGGCUUAGCAGACAGGCUGGCGAGGAGGGUCUGGAAAGAAGACGAGUCGAAGAGGAAAGUGAAAAACUGCGACAAAGGAUCAAGCAGCUAGAAGCUGAAAUAGAGGUGAACAAUGUUGUAAUGGCAACGAAAGACGCCAAGCUUUUGCGCAUGGCAGAGGACAUCGACGAGAUGGCCACGGAACUGAAAGAGCUCCGGGCCAGCGUCGAUGAUGAGGUGGAAGAGUUUAAGCGACAAAUUGAAUGUUCGUCAAAGGAGAUCGCCCAAUUGAAGCAGGACUUUGAGGAAGCGAAAACAAAACUUUCGACAGCCACCUCUGAAGUAGCACAUCUCCGUUUGUCUUUGGAAGGAGAACGAACAAAUAAUUCUUCCUUGCAUUUAGAGGUAGCACGUUUAAGGGAAGAUCUGGAAUCUGAGCGUACAGCAUCGGCAACGCUAAGAGUAUGCCUAGAAAAAGAAAGGGGAGAAAAGGAUACUGCGUUGCUGAGAAACGCUCAAGUUUCUCAAGAUAUUGAGAUUGUAAGGCAAGAGAAUCGACGACACGAGACUGAGAAUACAGAACUUCAAAACAGGGUAGAAAGUCUAGAGCACAGUUUAGAGAGAAAAACGAAGGAAAUGGACGAAGCAAUUGCAAAACUAGAAGAAACCAAACAGCGAGUAUCAAAAUUAGAGGAGGGAGAAGAGAACCGAGAGAAAAUGGAAAGAAACGAGAAAGUUCUUAAAAGUAGCUUGAUGGAUUUAGAAGAACAGUUAAAUGAGAAAUCUAAGACAAUCAAAGUCUUGCAACAACGGUUGACAGACAUGAAGAAAACUCUUCAACGUGAAUUGAGAGUUCCAUCAUCAUCGCUGGAUAGCGAUGCCGAGCCUUCUGCAGCAAUUCUCAAACCGAGUUCAUCGAAGACUGUCACUGCCAGGCAUAACAACACAAGAGAUGAUGAUGUCAACUUCAAGUACCUUAAACAUGUUCUCAUAAAGUUCCUAACGAGUAGGGAAUAUGAGGCUCUCCAUUUAACGAGAGCGGUCGCUACUCUUCUACACUUUUCACCUGAAGAGGAACGGUUACUUCAGGAAACCUUAGAAUGGAAAAUGUCGUGGUUUGGGACCCGGCCUAAUUUAGGUUUCGGACAAACUGCUAAAGCUAUACCGCCCAGCUAAUAGCUGAAACAAUUUCCUCUUCCUAUAGAUAUCAUAAAAGUGGUUGGAGAUUCGUGGUUGAGAUCGAGAACCUGGGCCGCAUCGGUAAUUAACCAUAAAUGAUCACAAACGCGUGAAAGCUUAGGAAAGGGACAAACAAAUUUAUAUGCUAGAAAUUUCGUAAAUUUUGUAAAA